AUGGCGGACACCGACGACAACGAAGUCCCUCCGGAAACCAGUAUUAGUAGCGACAAUACCGUCGUUGCGGACCCCGUUGCUCCGACCCACCUAACCCCAGGGACCGCGAGUGCGCCCCGGCGGCCGGGCCCGGACGUUCUCACCCGGCCAAGAUACACCCGCCCUCUGCCAUCUGAGGAGGCCACCGCCCUCGCCGAACAACCCGUGAACGAAGCGCGCCGCCGCUCUAACAACACCCGCAGCACGCGCCACAUUCUCCUGCACUUCUCCGGCAGCGUCCCUCGCCACACCAGCCCCGAGGAAAAGGAACGCCCGGAAGAGGAAGACGGCGAUCGAGGCCAUGGAAAGGGCAGCGGACCCGGGAAGCGCUCGCGCAUCUCGCACUUUUGGAGGGUCACAACGCACUCGGAAAAGCUUCGUAUGCACUAUGAGCCCGAGGAUUGCGAUGCGAGGGACGCGUGCAAUUUCUGGUUUCCCCAGCCCGCCAGUGUAUCGAUCCACAUCUGCGACUUCAAGCGAGAGGGUGGAAGUCGGUAUACGUCCAAGCUCGGCAACAUCGAAAAGUCUGGCCCUGAGAUUAACACGGACCCUAGUUUUCGAGUCGAAGCCGGACGAUGUCGACGUGCGUUGGAUCGGCCAAAUCGGCAAACCCUUUUGCGCGGCUCCCUGGACCCGGCCUGGAACUACCCCGAGCUCACCAUGCUCACCUUUGUCAACCACACCCGCUUCGUCGAAAAGAUGGACGCCUUUCGCUUCCUCUCCAACCUCGACGUGCUCGCCAACGGCGUCGGCGACGACCCGCUCCAGGGCCUCACCCGCCGCCAGCAAAACGACGUCAAGUGGAGGGCUAAGCACGUCGGCAAGCUCAUCGACUUUUGGGAUAUUGUCCGCGCCGAUUUUCCCAACCUCUUGUCCGAGAGGUUCCUGGGCCAGCCAAGCAACACCAAUGUCAAAGGUCCCCUGCCCACCGAUAAUGACAAACAGGCCUUGUCGGACCACGAUCAGUUCCUCAACGCUUUGCUCAUGACGUGCCAACUUCGUGCCUUUCACCGGUCUGAUGGCUACCUCUUGACCUUCUCUAAUAGUACUGGUGUCGACUACCUCGGCAAGCCUUUCCGGGAAUGGCUCGACCAGCCCGAUCAGUUCAUGCACGACUCUGAAAUCUCCAUCCUGGCCCAUGUCGCCGAAAACUUCAUCGCCUCUGGCACUUCGAGAUGGCACUAUCCCACCGUCGAGUGGCUCAUCGUCUACCUCAUGACUGAAGCCGCCACGAAACAACGUCAAAAACGCCCCUGGGAACGUGGCGAAUCUCCACGACUCGUCCGAAAGUACCUCAACUGUCUCGAAGAGCUUCGUGCCAUCGAGGAUCUCGCCGAGCAGAAACUCAAACUGCUCGAGGGCAUGGUCAUUGACGCCGAACGCUUCGAAGCCGAGUACGCCACCGAGGGCGUGCUGCCUAACCAGGACGACGACGAGGUCGAGACCAUGCACGAACGCAUCCAGUGGGCCAUCGACAUGGUCAGGGAGCAGCACUCCGAAAGCAAGUUCCUCGUCCACUACUUCGAGACCGCCCUCACCGAACUUUUCCAGCUGCGCUCCAUUGAACAAAACGAAAUGGCCAUUGUCGCUGACAGCCAGAACAAGGCCGUCCUCCUCUUCACCGGCGUCACCAUCAUCUUCCUGCCCCUCUCCUUCUUCACUUCCUACUUUGGCAUGAAUUUGCAGGGUAUAGUGGAUACCAAAAAGGACGAGUCCUACUUCUGGAGCGUCUGUGGCAGCAUCGGCUUCGUCAUGGUCUUUACCCUCGUGAGCUAUGCGUUUAGGGAAGACUUGAAUAGGCAACUGCACACUCGGUCCAUGGCAAAGAUGAGAGCCAUCAAGGGCUUUUAA